AUGACUCUAGAGACCAUUCUGCUAAUCAAUAUUGGGGAACGUACUAUUCUGUUCCAGCAUUGUGACAUUAUUCGGGGAGCUGCUGAAGCAGGAGGCUUGCUUGUGGAUGCAAUGAUUAACAUCCAAGAUGGUUCUAAAGAAAAAUCAAUUCCAGUUCCUUUGAUGGUUGUUGAGAACGGGUGUGGGAGUCCAUGCAUAGAUUUGAGACAGGUCAGCUUGGAGCUUGCUGCUGCUGCCAAAGAUGCUGAUUUGAUUAUUUUAGAAGGGAUGGGUCGAGCUUUGCAUACUAACUUUAAUGCGCGCUUUAAAUGUGAUGCUCUGAAGCUUGCAAUGGUGAAGAAUCAGCGAUUGGCAGGGAAGUUGAUUAAAGGAAAUAUAUAUGACUGUGUCUGCAGAUAUGAACCAGCGUCCUGA